GCUUCAGUAAUAGUUUUUUUUUUUUUUUACUUUAUUUUUUUAAGAAAUCGAGGCUCAGUUGUUAUUGUUCGAAAUCUUAACCUUCGUAUAUGAUAAGGAAAGAAAAAGAGAUGAAAGAUGUCUGAUGCAUUCGAAGAGAUUCAGGCGAUAAAGAUAAAGCGAAACAGUCUGAGAGAAAAAUUACAAAAACGUAAACGAGAGAGACACGAAUUAUUUACCCUUACUUCGACCCCACCAGCUACAGAAUCAUCUGCGAUUGACACGACUAACAACAAAUCUGAACCAAUUGAAUACGAACAAGAUGUCUUGCGAAUUUUGCACCAGUGCAUCUCCAGUCUGCCAAUCACAUCGACUGAUCUCACAGAUCAGCUCAGAAAAGCCCUCAGUAUUGACAUAUCAUUUUCAGAUAUCAACAAGCUCUUGGAAAAAUUAUCUGCGCAGGACGUUAUCAGGAUCAAGGAGAUUACGGAGAACGAUGUUGUCGGAUAUACAAUUCUGUCUAUUGCGGAAUCAAAUUCCCAGGCAGAGUUGUUACAUGCUGAAUCUAUUUUUGAAGAUGAAAUACGGGGGGCUUCACUGCCUGACUCAGUCGAGGAGGAAAGUCCACCCGAAAAACAGGCAAAGCUUGAUAAGAAAAAUACUGAGGACAUCAUGUCGCUGAUAUCUAUGCCCACAAUAAGAGAAAAGGAGAGUAAAAAAGUCGGGGAACAGAUACUGGACCUUUUGUCAAAACAAACAUCGAAGGAGAAAUCAUUGGCCGAACGUUUCAGGUCUCAGGGCGGUGCCCAAGUUAUGGAAUUUUGCCCACAUGGUACUCGUACAGAUUGCUCCAAGCUCAAUGCUAACAGUCAGCCAGGGUCUGGGCAGGCGUUCAAUGAGAAGUGCAAGAAAUUGCAUUUCAAGAAAAUACUUCAAAGCCAUACAGAUGAAAGCUUGGGAGACUGCAGCUUCUUGAAUACUUGCUUCCACAUGGACACUUGCAAGUACGUUCACUACGAAGUUGACGGUCCCACUGCGCAACCUAAGGACCAGGGAGAAGUGGAUGCAAUGACUUGCGGAAAUACGUCUAGAACAACUGCUCUAGAUCCGAAACCAGUGAGCAACAAUAACGGCUCAACGGGAGCAUCAGACUUGACGCUGUAUCCACCUCAGUGGAUCCAGUGCGAUUUGAGAUAUCUGGAUAUGACGGUGUUGGGAAAGUUUGCAGUAAUAAUGGCGGACCCUCCUUGGGAUAUCCAUAUGGAGCUCCCCUACGGCACAAUGUCGGAUGACGAAAUGCGGCAGCUCGGAAUCCCUGCACUGCAAGACGAGGGUCUCCUUUUUCUUUGGGUGACCGGACGUGCCAUGGAAUUAGGCAGAGAAUGCCUCCAGUUAUGGGGCUACGACAGAGUGGACGAGAUUAUUUGGGUCAAAACUAAUCAACUUCAGCGUAUUAUAAGAACUGGGAGAACAGGUCACUGGCUCAAUCAUGGAAAAGAGCACUGCCUGGUUGGCAUGAAGGGAUUCCCUAGGGUAAACAGAGGUCUGGACAGCGACGUUAUCGUGGCUGAAGUAAGGGCGACCAGUCAUAAACCCGACGAAAUUUAUGGGAUUAUAGAAAGAAUGAGUCCAGGGACCAGGAAGAUCGAGUUAUUCGGAAGACCGCACAACGUUCAACCGAACUGGAUCACUCUGGGAAAUCAGGUCGACGGUGUGCGAUUGAUUGACCCGCAACUGAUAAAAGCUUUUAAGAAACGGUAUCCCGACGGGAAUUCGAUGAAGCCGAGCAAAUCUUAGUGAUAUUUAAUAUUCUGUAUAUUUAGAUCCAAAUUUUCAACGUCACAAUCUUGAGAAUCUUGACAGCGGGCGGAUGAGAUAGGUAUUAUAAAUUGACCAAAUAUUUUAUGAUUUUUAAGUUUGAAAAUAGUAAUUUCAAAAAUUCAGACGUCCUGGAGUGAAAGAGUAAAAAAAUUUUUUAAUAAAAAAAAUACUAACAAUUAUUGGUUCGUUCUAUUUUUUAAUAAAUGCCACUACAAUAAUACAGUAGGUACGAUAUUUGUACUUGCUUUUUUCUGUCACUUUUUCUUCAAAUACAUAAAUCAUUAUUAUAAAAGUUGUUCCCAAAUUAGUAAUAUCAAUAUCUAUUUACAACAAAGUUGAUAAAUUACUGAUCUUCACCAGUAUUUGAAAAGAGACAGAGUGUCUAAAUACCAAGGAUAUGCCACAGCUGUAAAUUAUUUCUGAAAUUUCAAACGGAUAAAAAAGAAUCAAGAAACAUUUGCAGGUUUAUUCUAUAGCUGCAGAUUUUAGAGGGCAGAAUUAUAGAAUAAGCCACUUGGAUCACCCUUUCCUAUUGACGUGAUUCUUCAAGCAUUCAUUCACUCAAAUUUAAUUUUCAUUGAGCGAAGAGAACCUUUCGUUGUUUUUUAUUCCUAGAGAAAAUUCCGAAGUAAUUCAGAGAAUUCGGCUCAUCGGUAUUAAAACACCCUGCAAGCUUCGCUGGUGUUGAGUAAAACGUGCGUCUUAUCGUCGCCUAAAAGAUCUCUCGUCGAAUUU